CGUCUACCUCGGUGACUACCUUCUACCAUCGUAGUAUAUUCAUCCUAUACGUAUUGUACAAAGGCCACGAUGCGCCUCCUACGACACCUACCAGACGACAACUUCGAGUUGACCUCCUUUCCGACCGACGAUCCACCACCUUACGCCAUUCUCUCACAUGUCGGGGGGGAGGAUGGUGAAGAAGUCACAUACCGCGAUCUGAUGGCAGGCAUAGGAAGAGAAAAGGCAGGGUUUCGCAAGCUCCAGUUCUGUAGCCAACGAGCCGAGUUGGAUGGGUUGCAAUACUUUUGGAUAGAUUCUUGCUGUGUCGACAGAUUCAAUAAGGAAGAAAUGAGUGUAGGGAUGAACUCUGUGUACAAUUGGUACCAGUCUGCAACACGGUGCUAUGUACUUUUGGCAGACGUCUCUGUACCAGAUGGGUUUGCAUCAGAUAUUCCUCUGCACGAGCAGGUUACCGAUGACAUGGACAAUCACGAAAUAUGGCAGUCAUUUCGACGGAGCCGAUGGUUUGAGCAAUGCUGGACACUGCAAGAACUGCUGGCACCAUCGUGCGUGGAGUUCUUCUCGAGGGAGGGUCGUCGGCUAGGUAAUAGGACAUCACUAGCGCUUGAGAUUCACCAAAUCACCAGCAUUCCUGAGGCAGUUUUAAGGGGGAAGAAUCUAGCUGAGUGUAGCGUAGAGGAACGAAUAGGUUGGGUUGUUGGACGCAGUGCAGCCCUGGAGGAAGACAAAGCGUACUGUUUGUUUGGAAUUCUUGGGGUACACUUACCGCGAAUGUAUGGAGAGGGAAUCAACAACGCGAUGUUGCGGCUGAGAGAGAGGAUAGACCGCCGCCGUAGCGCACUCAAAAUGAGCACUGGGGUGUUUAUGGUCCCUUUCAGAAGAGACAAAUCAUUCGUCGGUCGAGAGCGCAUCCUCAGCAGAAUCGGCCAGCACACAAGUUCUGGGGGUUCGCACGUUCGAGCAGCUCUUGUUGGAGUUGAGGGUGUUGGAAAGUCGAAGAUUGCGCUCGAGUACGCCUACAUAUAUAAAUCGGUAGAGCCGUCUCCCACGGUCAUCUGGAUAGAUGCGAGUAAUCACGUCACGAUUCAGCAAGGAUACAGAGACAUCGCCGAGAGACUUGAACUAGCUGGGCCGGAGAUUUCUCGUGAAGCCAUUCCGCGUAUUGUGCGUGAGUGGCUGUCGCAAAAGUUGAACAGACCGUGGUUGAUGAUACUGGAUAACCUCACCGAUAACAAUGUCUUCCUCGGCGAUGAACAUAAUGGCAGAGCGCCCGAGAUCUUGCUUCCUUAUACAAAGCACGGUAUGAUCCUAAUCACGUCAAGGAACAAGCGUGUAGCAUCUAAUUUUGUUGGUAUUUUCGGGACCGUUGUCGAAGUGGGGCCAAUGGAUGAUGAUGACGCUUUGGCGCUUCUGUAUAGCUCGGUAACAUCCAAAGAAAUUACUCCGUCACUUGCCCGACCUCUUCUCCACCACCUGGAGGGAAUGCCGCUCGAAAUUGCGCAGUUCGCCUUGUUUAUCAAGCAAAAAUCACCAUCGCUAACGGUGAUGUUUGACUACUUCGAUCGGUAUCGUGAGAGCAAAUUCCAGAGGCAGCAAGAUCACAACAUUCAUCAUGACGACGACAGAAUGUCGGUACAAUCAGUGGGAUCUUCAACUCUCAUAUCGACAUUUAGUGGCCUCACGGCGGUGGACAAGAGCGCCACUGUCGAACUUGAAAGGGUCUUCCAGGAAGAUGAGAUACUCAUUGGUCUUUAUCAUUUGGCCUUGAAAAAUACGUCAAUAGGACCAGACAGACUGCAACGAAAUAUCGCACGUUUGCUCCAAUUCUUCGCAAAGGAACUUCGUAGCGAGGCAGGCCAAAAUAUAGAGAGGAUGGCAUCUCGUUUCGUAUGGACCAAAGCACAAUAUGUGGCACAGUGUAUCAUCGAGAGGUUUCAUGAUAUUCCAGGAGACCCACAGCGACCCCACCUAGAGGUAAAGCAAAUCAAAAGCAGCGUAGAUAGUGUAAAGAGAGACGAAGACCAGCUCGAAGUCGAUGACGUGGACGAAGUGGGCGAAGUGGACGAAUUGGCACCUCCAAAUGGAGACGACCUCGAAGACCAUGUUGAGCUCAGUGGAGCAGAACUCGUGGUUGGCAAAGACCAGCUUGAAGUCGACGACGUGGACGAAGUGGCACCCGUGGAUGAGGACUAUUUCGAAGACCUUGCCUUGCUUCGAACCUUCCUCAUUAGCAGUUCUGCUUUUCAGAUAUUCCGAGCAAGACUGACUAAAUUCGUUCUGGGAAAGGACUUACACUUGUUAGGCAUUGAAGAUUCUGUACAAGGUCGCUCGGUUCAGGCCCCUUCGUCUCGGUUUGCGCGCUUUUCAAUUUCGACUGUCCGGAUCUUCAAGGCUGUUCUGGUUGCGGCUGGGUGUUUGGAACCACCCCUGCGGCCAGGCUUUAUCCGACUCAGAUGGCAAUGUGAUUGCGGUGCUCCUCUGUUCGACGAUGUUCAGGAGUACCAGAUAGGUGGUAUUUCCAGGCUCAUGGAGCAGGUGGAGCGAUCCACUGGGAGUAAGGUUAUUGCCACUUCCUACAACGAAGGGGCAUCACAAGAACGGUAUAUACCAGGGCCUAUAAACUGGAUUCGGGAAACUGUCAGAAAUCUUGCAAGAGCUUUUUCGAAAGAUGCGAAUCGCAACGAGAUGUUACCACGACAUAGCGGUCCCGGCACAAAAGUAACAGAUACAUCUAAAAAGGGCAGGCUACCGUUCGUACAGGACCUUCUACUAUUGGCUUGUGUGCCUCAAAACCAUGGCGGGCAAAUCUUGUGCCAGGAUAGCAUAGAAGCGAUAAGGAACGAUCGACAGCUCUUCUGGUUUAUUCGACAGCAAUUGUCACGUACUCCAAACGUGCGCUGGCCCAUCCAACUGCUGAAAACAGUGACAGGAAUCCAUUUUACGAAGUUCCAUCUACGUCUGAACGAUAAUGUAGAACCUCGUCUUCACGACUUAUGCUGCAGAAUAGAUUCGUGCCAAUGUGUGCCACUGACGUCAAAUGAGGACUACGACUGCGAGCCAGCUGGGCCUUUGCGCUUCGGCCCGCCCAUCUUACCUUCACAGUUGUUGCAUCAGUUCAAGCACCCCGAACUGAUCUCUGCAAAAGAAACGAGCGUCCUCAAACAAAUCCCGAAGCGAAAGUGUGGCAAGAUACAAGCUAGUGGGCUGGUGGCAGCAGAGGGAUGGGGCUUGCACUAUGAAGAAGAUUGGAACAUUGUCUUGAUCAUCAUUCUAAUUGUCGGUCUAACUAUUCCUGCGAGUCUCUUGUUCGGCAUCUGUUGGACUAUCAUCAAGACUGACAUACAAGGUGCAUGGGGGGUUAGUUCGUAUAUGGUAACGACAAGUGCGCUUUUUGUCGGACUGUUAUUAGGUGGUGUUGCAAAGAGCAAGUAGGUGAGAAAGGCCGGGCAAACAAUGUGACUACUAUCUUAUGAAAACAGUCGAAGCAGACUGGAAUGCUGAUUCAAGACUUCAAAAGCAGCAUGGACGGAAGAAACAGCGCAGUUACCGCAUUUUCCUUCUCUAUUCAAUUGGCUCCUAUCUACUAAUAACAUCGUAAACAUCAGCUUUCCAACAGACAUACGGAAAUCUAAGGAUGCCUGUUUCAGUCUAAGUAAUACUUUAUCAAGAAAGAAACUAUGUGUAGACCAUUAAGACAUAUUAAAUAAACAUCCUACAGAACAGUGCACGGGCAGAGGCACAAUCGGCGUAGUAGGAUUGUCAAUUAGGUCACAACACAAAACUCUGCACUUCAAGUUGGAGAUUGAGAAAGUAGCUAAUUUUUCUUGAAUACUAUUAUAG